GGCCUCAAACCAAAGGGACCUUACAAAACCCUAAAGCCUCUCUCAUUCUUCCAUUCUCUGCGCCUGAGCUCUUGCGGCCGAUCCCAACCUCGAGCAACAGCUGAAGAAAAAGAGAUGAGUGGGGAAGGAGUGAAGGGAGGGCCGGUGGUUCCGGAGUCCGUGUUGAAGAAGCGGAAGAGGAAUGAGGAAUGGGCUUUGGCUGAGAAGAAAGAUCUAGAGGCGUCUAAGAAGAAGAGCGCUGAGAACAGAAAAUUGAUCUAUAACAGGGCUAAACUCUAUGCUAAAGAGUAUGAUGAGCAGCAGAAGGAGCUGAUUCGCCUCAAGCGCGAGGCUAAACUCAAGGGAGGAUUUUAUGUCGACCCUGAAGCCAAGCUUCUGUUUAUCGUCAGGAUCCGAGGUAUCAAUGCCAUUGACCCCAAGACCAGAAAGAUUCUGCAGCUUCUGCGUUUGAGACAGAUUUUCAAUGGUGUCUUUUUGAAAGUGAACAAGGCAACAUUGAAUAUGUUGCACAGAGUGGAGCCUUAUGUCACAUACGGGUAUCCCAAUUUGAAGAGUGUUAGAGAACUGAUUUACAAGAGAGGCUAUGGAAAACUCAACAAGCGAAGAACUGCUUUGACUGACAACUCCAUCAUAGAGCAGGCUCUUGGGAAAUUUGGCAUAAUUUGCACAGAAGACCUCAUCCACGAGAUUAUGACAGUGGGACCCCAUUUUAAGGAGGCAAACAAUUUCCUCUGGCCCUUCAAACUGAAAGCUCCUCUUGGUGGUUUGAAGAAGAAGAGAAAUCACUAUGUUGAAGGUGGUGACGCCGGUAACCGUGAAAACUUCAUCAACGAGCUUAUCAGAAGGAUGAAUUAAGAUACGUUUUUGCGUCGUCUCCCAGAGUUCCUACUUGGCUUUGGGAAAAACUCCUAGUAGGUUUGUCAUUGGAAGUAUCGUUUUGGGAAUCAGAACAUUUUACUUGUUAGUGUACUUUUUUUAUCUUCUAUGUUGAGAAUGGUUUAAAUUUUGCUAUAAUUAAUCAGCGAAUCUUUUAAAAUUUUGGUUUACCCUUUGGAAUUUAAAUGCCAGGACUCUUCAUGUUCUCUUGAUUGUCAUGUUCUAUGCUGAGAUCGUUACUCUGAAUUCUCUGAA